AUGGCGACUACAACGGCAACACUAACGGAAACCAAGACCGUGGAUACAACGGUCAACUACGAUAUACUAGGACCAGAUGAGCUGUACAGAAUCGGCACCGCAUCUCUCUAUCGCAACCGCCCGUUCGACGUCAAGGCCGUCCAGGUGCAUGAUAUCCGCGGCCGUGAACCGGAGUUCAGCCUCGCCAAACAGGGUUUCGAGCUGCAUAAGCACAACUUGACCUUCAAAGACUUCAACGAAGACGACAGAGUCAAGUCGGUAUGGUGGCAGGAAGCCGGUGACUUUCUCAAGUCCAAACUCCACGCCACCAAGGUUGUGCCGUUUUCCCAUAUCAUCCGCAAACAGAGCUACGAGGCCGCCGAGGCCGCUGCGAUGGGCGGGCCGGACGACAAACCCCUUUCAACACUGCAUCCCGCGCGCUUCGUGCAUAUCGACCAAGCCCCCGAGGGUGCUCCGAUUCUCGGACAGGAUAUCUUUCAGGACGCAUGGCCCACCCUUUCCAGCACGCGUUGGGGCAUUGUGAAUGUGUGGAAGCCUAUCUCGCCCGUGAUCCGUAAAGACCCCCUCGGAAUGGUGGAUCGCACGACCGUGGCGUGGGAGGAUCUCGUACCGAAGAAGGUGGGCUAUCCGCAGGCACGGACCGGCGCCGCCCAAAUAGCGUCCGACAAGGUCGUGCAUCGAGUGUGCUUUCUCAAACAUAACAAGGCGCAUAACUGGCAUUACGUGAGUGAGAUGAGGCCGGACGAGGUGUUGUUUCUGCGCAUCUAUGACUCGAACACGCCCGAGGGUGAGAGUACGGGAACGCCGCACUCAAGCUUUGUACAUCAGGAAAUGGAAGGAGAGCCAUUGAGGGAGAGCAUUGAGACGAGAUUCUUUGGUGAGUGUUCAGUAAUUCUCUACCUGCAAGUUUCCUGA